UUUCAAACGACAAUUUGAGUGGACACAAGUAGUUCUUCGACGAACGCGGAACUAGAAGCGAGGCAACCAGACCAACGUGUGUUUUAAGCGGAAUUCUCAGUUUCCCUUUGGGAAUAAUUUUUUUUAAAUACUCAACAUGAGAAUGAGUGAAGUCCACGCUGCGGAGUCUGUUGCUUACCUCAACAGAGCUCUUGUCAGGUUGCAGGAUAUUUGGGAAAAAAUAGGAAUUCCGGAGGAGCAACGCCUCCAGAGGACAAGUGACGUGCAUAAGCACAUUAAAGGUUUGCUGGACCUGAUGAUAGCUGAGGAAGAGGAGCUCCAAAAGAGAUUACUGAAAAGCAUAGAAUCCUGCCGCAAAGAAUAUAAUCAUCUUUGCAAUGAACUUCAGCUGCCCCCCUUCGAGGAGGAGGAGGGUUGCACCAUGUUGCAGCUGGAGAAUAACAGCCGCAAGCAUCUGGAGGUGAUGAAGCAGCAGAAGAAGCAGAGAGUGGAUGAGCUAAAGGGUCUGGUUGUCAAAGACCGUGAGCUUUGUGACAUCAUGUGCACCAAACCUUUCAGCAUUAGCCUAGAGUCAGUCCCAUCACUGAAGCAACUAGAGACAUUUCGUGUCUACCUGGAUGAUCUCACAAAGGAGAAGGAGAGGCGUCAUGAAGAAUUUGUUGGCGCAAAGAAGGAGAUCAUGGCAUGCAUGGAUGAUCUGGAGCACCAGCCCGAAACCAGUUUUGAGACAGAUGUGAUGUGUGAGGAUGAGGAGGCCUUUACUCUCUCAAAGGACAACAUCAAAGCACUUAAACAACUCCUCAGACAGUUGCAAGCGCGCAAGGCUGAGAAUGAAGCCGUUUGCCUGGCGCUCGGCAACAAGAUCCAAGAAUUGUGGGAAAGGCUGAAGAUCCCUCAGGAGGAGCGGGAAUGUUUCUCUGAGCACAUGAUCAAAUCAAAGAAGAGGAACAUUGAAGCACUCCAGGCUGAACUCCAGCGUCUUGAGCUCCUGAAAAUCCAUAGCAUGAAAAGUGUGAUUGAGUCCAUCAGAGAAGAAAUCUCUCUUUACUGGACGCGGUGCUUCUACAGCCAAGAACAGCGCCAGGAUUUUGUUCAUUAUCAAGAUGAUGAUUUCACCGAGGAUCUUCUCAACCUGCAUGAGGUGGAAUUUGAAACUCUGAAAAGUUAUUUCGAAGUCCAUAAGGAGCUGUUUGAAGGUGUAACAAAAUGGCAUGAGAAUUGGGCCUUAUAUCUGGAGCUAGAUAGGAAAGCUAACGACCCAUCGAGGUUCAACAACAGAGGUGGAAACCUCCUAAAAGAGGAGAAGCAGAGGAGUGACUUGCAGAAAAGUUUGCCCAAGCUGGAAAAGGUACUGAAGAGCCAAAUAGAUACUUGGGAGCAGGAGCAUGGUAAAGAGUUCUUUGUAAAUGGACAGAAGUUUCUGGACUAUGUGCAGCAGCAGUGGGAGCAUCACCACAUUGAGAAGGAGAAGGAGAAAAUGGAGAGGCAAUUGAAGAAGAACAAACAGAUCAAGGAGGACAUGUUGUACGGGACUGCAGUGAGGACACCGUCCAAAAGGAGGCUAGGUGGAACUCCUACGACAGGCAAACUAAGAAAGAUGGGCACGUCGACAAUCUCCACUCCUAACAGCUUCCUCAGCUCAGGCAUGGGAGGUACCAUGUGUCAGUUUUCAAUCCAGAAACCUCCACCAUCUUCCAGCAAGGGUCAUGGCCUGCGAACCCCUGGACACCCAAAGACUCCACGUGCACUGGAACGGAACAAGGAAAACCUCACCCACCCUAACCAGAACACUCCAUGUGGCACACUCAGGUCUCAGGAUACUCAAGAUCGCACCUUCACCUUUAACACUGUUGCUGGCUCCUAUUCGGAAUUUGCGAGGGAACUCUCAAAGGCUUCUAAAUCGGCUGUGAAGUCAGGACUGCUCAACUCCACCGUCACUCAUCACUGACCCAAGUCCUCCAGCUAAGUGAUUUAUUAAUGUGGCAAAAAGAACAUUUUGUUCAAAUUUUACCAAAAAUGCAAAUAUACUUUUUUGUCUAUUUCCUUUUACUGAGACAUAGUCCAUUGUUACUUCUCAGUCACACUUCUCUUUAUUUUCGUGGAAAGUAAAUGUUUGUUUUUUCCCCACUGUUUUGCUUCUUAUUGAAAUGUGACAUUUUUAAUUACACUUCUUUUCUUUUUUUUUGCUUUGUCCAAAUCCAAUAUACAAUGCUGUUUAAAUCAAACUGUAAAUAAACGUCUUAACAAAACGU